AUGUUGAUGUUGAGAUAUAAUUUUUUAUUAGAUCAUACCUUCCUUUCAGCAUACAGUUUUAGUAUCUAUCUAUCUAUCUAUCUAUCUAUCUAUCUAUCUAUCUAUCUAUCGCAAUCUGUGCGCGUAUACGUACUAAUUAAUACACAUCUAUCUAUCUAUCUAUCUAUCUAUCUAUCUAUCUAUCUAUCUAUCUAUAUUUGCGCAUGUAUCAAUUUACAUCAAUUUCUCCUUAUCUAUCAUAGUAUCUCUCUGUCCCCUCUCUCAUCACCAACUUUUAAGGACCGGAAGAUUACACCAAAUAUAAUUCCAUUUCUUCCUCCCAAGGAAGUCAGUCUUAUUGGCAUAAAUAAAAUUUAUCUAUCUAUCUAUCUAUCUAUCUAUCUAUCUAUCUAUCUAUCUUCUGUUGAUAUCUAUCUAUCUAUCUAUUUGGGUCUGUUCAGAUCUAUCUAUCUAUCUAUCUAUCUAUCUAUCUAUCUAUCAGUUGAAGCACAGAUUUUGUUUUUAUCCAGCUUUCUACAUACUUAA